AUGACAAGUAUAGUGGGCAAUCAGAAAGAUCUGAAUUUCAAAGCCACUGAGCUGAGAUUAGGUUUGCCUGGUACAGAAGAUCAAGAAUCUGACCAAGAAAUAUCAAAUUCCAAGAAUAACAACAAAAGGGCUUUACCUGAAUCAACUCAUGAUGAAGAAGAUUGUGAAUCUAAGUCAAGUUCUGAUCAUGUCAAAACCCCACCACCUGUUGCCAAGGCACAAAUUGUGGGUUGGCCACCAGUGAGAUCUAACAGGAAAAACAUCAUCCAACCAAAGAAAACAGAAUCUGAAUCUGGAAUGUAUGUCAAAGUUAGCAUGGAUGGUGCCCCUUAUCUAAGAAAAAUUGAUCUGAAAAUGUAUAAAUGUUAUCAAGAACUACUAAAAGCCUUAGAAAACAUGUUCAAACUCACCAUAGGUGAAUACUCAGAAAGAGAAGGCUAUAAAGGCUCUGAAUUUGCCCCUGCUUAUGAAGACAAAGAUGGUGAUUUGAUGCUUGUUGGUGAUGUUCCUUGGGAAAUGUUUAUGUCUUCUUGUAAGAGGCUGAGAAUAAUGAAAGGAUCAGAAGCAAGAGGCUUGGGAUGUGGAGUUUAA